UUCCCAAACCCCCUUUUUUUUUUUUUUUUUUCCAUGAAGAAAAUAACUAAUUAAGCAUCAGAAAAGCGAAAAUGCAAUCAAGAUUGGUAGCAACAGCAAGAAGGUCAACUUGUUGGGUCAUCCCUUCUCAGUCUUUCCGUCGAGCACUGGCCUCGGCAGCCAACAAACGCACCGCUGACCCCUCGGUUCACGCCAAAGACUAUGGAGACGAUCCCGUUAUACUUUCCGGCGACCCUGAAGAGACGCAAAAUGUUGCGGAGCCCAAACCUGCUAAGAAACAGACACACACAGAGGAACACUGGCCGAGUAAUGGAACUGAUCCACUGGCACCUCCUAAACCCCCAUAUCCCAGUUCCCCGAGGCUCGAGAGCAGUGGUGUGAAUCAACCCUUGGACCCGGCCCAUCAGCAAGAGCGAAGCCAUUCCACAGCUCUAGAAGGCGUGAGCUGUGUGGGGCUUGACGGCACGCCAUUGCCGAACGACAAGGAGGAGGAGAAAGAGAGAGAUGAAGGAGCAGAGCAAGGGAAUGAUAAAGAUUACUUCGAGCACCACAAGGCGUCUCCUUUAUCAGAGAUCGAAAUGGCGGAUACCCGAAAGCCCAUAACCCGAGCGACGGACGGAACGGCGGACUAUGUAUUGGGUAAAGAUGUGAUUGGUUGGAGGCCGGAGCAGCUGGACACUGCCGAUGAGGCUCUUAAGAGAGGAACGAGGAUAUUUAUGGAGAAUGCGAUGCGGGGUGACCCUACUGCCCCUCAUUCAAGAGUGCUCAGAGCUCUUCGUGGUGAGGACUUCUAACAUCCAAGCCAGCGCUAUGGGAACUAAAUCUUGGAUGUAUUCAAUAAUUAGCAUAUGGCGCUGAAAACAGUUUGCUUAUCGUAAUUUAUACAAAUAUUACCUUUUCAAUUGUUUUAA